CGCCAAUCCGCGCCAUUCCGUUAUACUACGCAGUGAUUGACGUAGAAAGUUUUUGUUGCUAUAAACCCUCCAGUUUAAGAGACUACAGUAAGAGAGGGCUAUUCACUCUAAUCUCAGGGACCCAGUAAUCUCAUCGUCAGUCAUAUCCGGAGCAAGCAUGGCUUCACAAAGGCAGAAAGACAGCUCGGCCGGCUAUCAGCCGGUCUUCAAAUCAUUCGCUACAGAUGCGAUCCACGUUGGUUCAGAGCCGGAGCAGUGGAACUCUAUGGCCGUAGUGCCUCCUAUUUCACUCUCUACUACCUUUAAACAACACGGACCGGGGAAACAUGCGGGUUUUGAGUACAGCAGGUGUGGAAAUCCCACAAGAAACUGUCUUGAGAGAGCAGUUGCUGCUUUGGAUGGUGCACAAUACUGUCUCGCUCUUUCCUCUGGAAUGGCUGCCUCUUUGACCAUCACACAUCUUCUUAAGUCUGGAGAUGGAAUUUUGUGCAUGAAUGGUGUUUAUGGAGGAACACAUGAGUAUUUCUCAAAAAUAGCUGCAGAAUUUGGCCUUGAUGUCUCUUUUGCUGACCUCACAAAGAUAAAAGCAGCUCUAAAACCAAAUACAAAGAUGUUAUGGAUUGAAACACCCUCAAACCCUACAUUGAACGUUGUGGACAUCAAGGGCUGUGCAGAUAUUGUCCAUAAGCACAACAAGGACAUAAUUGUUGUUGUGGACAACACUUUCAUGUCAGCCUACUUCCAGCGCCCCCUUGCACUUGGAGCAGACAUCUGCAUGUGCUCUGCAUCAAAAUAUAUGAAUGGACACAGUGAUGUUUUGAUGGGACUGAUUUCUCUCAACCGUGAUGACAUCUAUGAACGACUGAAGUUUUUGCAGAGUGCUCUUGGGGCUGUGCCUUCUCCGUUUGACUGUUAUAUGUGCCACCGGGGUCUGAAGACACUCCACGUGAGAAUGAAGCAGCACUUUAAGAACGCAAUGGCUGCGGCGCAGUUUCUGGAGGCCGACCCAAGAGUGGACAGAGUCAUCUUCCCAGGUCUUCCAUCCCACCCUCAGCAUGAGCUGAUGAAGAGACAGUGCACAGGCUGUCCUGGGAUGAUCUCUUUCUAUAUCAAAGGAAAACUGGAGCAUGCUUCAACUUUCCUCAGCAGUCUGAAGUUGAUUACGUUUGGUGAUAGUCUUGGUGGUGUUGAGAGUCUAGCAGAGCACCCAGCAAGUAUGUCUCAUGUUUCUGUGCCUGAAAAUGAGAAAAAAGAGCUGGGCAUCAGUGAUACGCUCAUUCGUUUGUCUGUGGGCCUGGAAGAUGAGGAAAAUAUUAUUGCAGACCUAGACCAAGCCCUCCGUGCUGCAGAAGAUCCCAUUGAGAAAUAGAAUCUCUUCUUCCAGGCAGACCUGGUCAAGAUGGCUACAUAAAGUUUCACAUAAAGAACACAAUACACAAUUUACACAACAAAUACAAUUAAAUAUAUGAAAGAUUAAUGAUAACAGCAACAUGAUUCCUUCAGUGCAGCCUGCAGUAGAUGUAAUUGAUUCUAAGAAAAAUGAAUAUGAAUAUUAUUCCAUAUUAACCAGGGUGCGUAAAAAGAAAAAGCACUUUUAACAUGCGCUGAAUAAACCCUGGGAACAUUCAAAUGAAUAAUAGUACUUGAUCUAGUAAAGGUGUACUUGUUAUAGUAAUAUGAUAUAAGACUAGAGAUGUAAGUAGUAAGUUUGCCUCACAGUGCCUUUGCAACAAAUAAUAACAUAUGCAUUUUCCUUCUUUGAUGUAAGCAGGACCAACCUACAGAGUCAUGCAAGAUACAACGAUGAGUAUGUGAACUAGCAUUUGUUCCAAAAACACAAUAUACACAAUCCAACAUUUUUAGUAAGGAUGAAUUUGUGUUCAUGUACAACAUAAUACCUUAAUCUAAUACUGACAAGAAAGAGCUUUGUACGAUCCUCUUCCUGGCUUCGCAUGGGAGGCAAGCUACCAAAUGUGUACAUUAAAAGCCAACUUUCAGAGAUAAGACUCUAUACUAAUGCCUUCAGUGGUAGAGAUAGACGAGACAGAUGUUUUGGUAUGACUUGGAGAAAAUAGAUUUAGAAGUUUUGGCAUUUUAAGGCCAGUUCAUAUUUUAUCAGUGGAAGCUGUAGUGAAUUAAAAUGUUAUGAAUGUUAUCAGCAUAAAAAAUGUAACUCAGCCAAAUUUAUUCUUUGGCCUAGAACUUUUAUAAUUAUAGAAAAUAAAAUCGGAGUUAAAAUAGACCCUUGCGGUACACCCUUUUUAACUGUUAAUAAGGCUGAAGAAUAAUUCUCUUAAAAUACAUUACGUUUUUUCAGUGAGAUGGUUCUUGAAACAAUUCAAAGCUGUUUCACCUAAAUCUAUAGAUUUAAGCCUCUGUAAUAGCACUUUAUGAUUUACAGAGUCAGGCUUUGGACAAAUCAGCAAAUAAGGUCACACUGUGCCGUUUCUUACCUAAUGAUUUAAUAAUGAUUUUCUUUGUAACUAGCAAAGCCACAGUAUAGUUCUGUUGUCUGAUCUAAAAUUUGACUGAAAUUCACUCAAAAUAUUAUGCUGAGAUAAACAUUCUUUUAAUUGACCACUUACAAAACCUUUUGCCAAAACAGACAAUCUAGAAAUAGGACAAUAGUUAUUUAAUUCAGAAGGGUCUCCACCAUUUAAUAGUAGGAGGACCAUAGCUGAAUAACAUUGGAGGGUAAACUCAAAUAAAAAAUUGAAGCAAUAGGUUCUGAAAUUUUUAAAACGGGUAUGCAAGAUUUUUUACAGUCUAAGUGCUUAAUGAACUUGAGUGGCUGAAAUAGAGUUAAAAGAAAAUAAUUAAGAAGAGCACCAUGCAACUGACUCAUUUCCCUUAAAAUCGUGAUCCACCAAAUUACCGUAGUUAAAAGUGUCUGCAAUAUUAACUCUGACUCACUUUUAAAAUCUGUCUUUUUAAAAAACAUAUCUGUUAGUGAUUUAGGCAAUUUCCAGAAUUUAACAAGAUCAAUUAUAUUUUCAUUUAUCAAAUUAAUAUAAUAAUCUCACUUAUUUCGUAAUGUUCUAUAAUGUGUCCAGUCUACUGUUUUCUUUGCUUAUGCUUAUUGGUUAUGCAUGAUUUUUUUUGUCUAAUAAAGGCUGAAAUGGAUUCAUUAAACAAA